AUUCAAUUGGGACCAACGUGCCAAUUCUUUGCCAGGACCACAGCAAUUCUUGACUGUUUCUUCACAUAGAUCCCACUUCCAUACAACGUUCCUCUGCCGGUCCUGUUCACUACACUCCCCCGCCAGUAGGCUUCGCCGGAAGUAGAUUCAAGAUCCUGGCAUUUCCACCUCCAGCUGCGGACACUAGUACGGGGUUCUGCAAAGUCAUCCAUGCUGUAGUUCCAACCCAUUCAGUCUUGCUCAUGGUCAUACAGAGAAGCGACACCAUCUCCCUUUCAUUCUAUUGACCAUCCGACGUCCUGCUGGCUUCCCGACCCGGCAGCACGGUGCCAGGCGGUCUUGUAUGGCCAGCGUGCAAGGAAACAUACGGUCCUUCAUUGCGCCGAUCAAAGGAUCUGGUCGGCUUGCUCCUACCCUCCUCGAAGACCUAUCGCUUUAUGAACCAUGGGGCGAUCCCCAAGGCCCAAAUCUGCUCGCGGACUGGCCACUGAGGUUCAUUCAGACUCAAUACCUAGGAGAUCUCCUUCCUCUUGAUGGCUGUCGACACAAGUUUGGCCUGAAACCGAGACAAUCGAAUCCUCCUGCAUUGGAUGAGAAGCCAGAUUCGCAGACAAUAUGGACCGUCGCGGCGUUCUGUCAGCUGUGUCGCCUGCAUGUACAUGUCAAGGUCGACUUCUCCCUGCGAUUCGAGGAGUUGCCUUGCCCCAAUCCCGAACAUCCUUUACAUCAUUUUGUCAGAUCGGAGUAUCAAGAACCUUUAGAACGCAAUGCAUGGCUGCGGCAGAAUCCAAAAUCAAGAGAUGAGAUCUAUACGUACAAAUGCUCUUCAAGGACUUGUUCCGCGACAGUCACAGUCCGCCUAUGCCCUCCGGUGCUCAGGCCCAGCGACGUCAAAGUCCUGCUCGACCCCGACAUGCUGCACCAAAGAACAGAAGCUGCCUUCAAGGACAGGGGAGGUAAUACCGAGGGCAUGGGCCAUCCGAAGCCAGUUGAUGUGCUUACCGACCUGCGCGCUUAUGUCAAGAACUCAUGGAAGGCACGACAGGAUCCCAAAUAUGGUUCGAUAAAUUUAGGCAACAAGAGAUUUAUGGUACGGUUCGGGCCUGCAGGAACUGCUUGCAAGGACGUUCUUGAGCACCUUGGGUUUGAACUUGUGCCUGGAGAUUGUUGGAAGGUUCCUCAACCCGACUUCAAAGACACCGAGCCCUUCCAAAGUCCGAUGAACAUCUGGCUGGACAAUGCCGAGCAUGAACUGGUCAGCCUGCUGUUAGCACGACCCCAGGAGGAGCAGCAACAGCUACACGACGUUUCACCUCCUAUACCCGCAGAAAGAGAGCUGUCUCGCGCCUUGGGCUGUCAGGAUUAUGACACCGAUCCAUCGAGCAGGACUGCGAAACUGUUACCUGAGAUGAGAACUGCCCCUUUCAUUGCCCUUGGAUGUCCGAGAGAUCUGGCAAAUCAUUUGAUUGUGAAGGCGUACCAUUGGCAGGUUGAGACAGAUCCCCUGAAUGCACCAACGUAUCUAAGCAACCUGCGCUAUAUCGCCAGCAACCGUCAAAGCGAAGUACUUGAGACUGAGGUAAUGUUGGAGACGUCGGAGGGUCGAUUUGACGUAGAGACAUUGAACGCGGCGUACAAGGCCUUUCAUCUCACCGGCCGAGAAGGUGUCGUGAAUGACGACGACAUUAUUGGUGCAUUCACGGCUACACUAGCGGAUGCUGCUCCCAGUCAGCAACAUGAACUGAGAGAGUAUUUACGCAUGAUAGGUGUCCAUCGCAAUAGCAAGAAGAUUGCUGAUGCAGCGCAAAACGUUAUCAACAACUAUGAGCAAGCACUGGUCUUUCUUGGUGCUGAUCAAACGACAGAAGAUGCUCACAUCCAAGCCUUAUUUACCGUGAAGAUCGCUGAGAACAGCGAUUUACAGCCACAAGCUAUUCAGGCUGUCCGAUUGAUAGCGGAACAUCGCAACAGCCAAUUUCUGUCGCACCUAGUGGAGACCGGAUUCGUGCAAGAGACACACCAAAUGGAGCCUGCGGAAGGUUACCAAGCCUUGCAAAUCGAAAACCGUGAGGUUGACGAUGAGAUGAUCUUGCUUCAGUACGACAUGGCAGUGGAAGAGAACCCCGGCAGCGUUGAGUACUAUACCAAGGCCCUCGCUGCCAUCGCCAGUGGUAGAAAGAGCGAUGUUUUGCUCAAUCAUUUACACAGCAAAGCUCCACAGGCGCCUGAGGGCACACAAGAUGAACCUGUGGGCUUGGAGAAUAUUGGAAAUACCUGCUAUCUCAAUAGCCUCCUACAAGCUCUUUUCACCUUAAUAACAUUUCGGCAUGUUGUCCUCGAUUUUGAUGAGUACAAGAUGAGUCUAGAGCCCAAAAAUAUGGAGAGCAAACGAGUCGGUCAACGCAAAGUCAGUCUGAAGGAAGUGCAGACUGCCCAAAAGUUUGUCGAACAACUUGGGUAUCUUUUUCGUGGCAUGAUCGAAACACCACAGUCCUCCAUCAAACCAGAACAAGAGCUAGCACGGCUGACCCUCGAGACGGAAAGUGUUAAAGAAAGAAUGCGUAGAAGGUCUACGCUCAUGUCUGAAAGACCCAGUUUAGGCCACAUUGAUAGUCUGCCGAUGUUGGGCCCUCCAACAUUGGCGGAGUUCAAGCAGAGUGGCAUGCCAGACGACGCACUCGUGCAAUCCCCGACCGAAGACGUGCUAUUCAACCCCCUCGUUGAGUUCGGUGCCUCUCGAGUCGAGUUGAGGGAUGACACGAACAAACAAGAGGAAGACACAAAGAUGGACGAUAACUCCAGCGAGGCCACCUUGGUGUCCAAACCCGACACGGAUCUAUUGCGAGCAGAAAAUACUACCGAAGUCGAACAGCAAUCAAUAUUGGACAACAAGGAGAACCUGUCGCCUGUCAAAGAAAUACCAGUGGCGCAGGCAACUUCGACACAGACUGCCGAGCCUCUGGCGCCAGCAUCACCUUCCAAGUUGAAUGUGCAAGCUGGAGCUUUGGCACAACCCGCUACGCCGGCUGAUAAAGGCACAGAACAAGAUAAAGUGGAAUAUGAACCUCCUCCAGGAAAGCCCCCACCAGUACCCCCCAGAAAGCCUGCUCAUACAGCGACCACGACCCUCGAGGAAUAUGCACGUCAGCAAGAUGUCACAGAGGUUAUGAAUCACUGUAUCAUUCAACUGUCGUGUGCCAUUCGGCCUACAGGAUUCGACCAAAGUGGAGAACAAAUUGAUGAGAUCCACGACCUCUUCUUCGGCCAGCAGAUAAUUCAUACGCAGCCGGAGAAAGAGAAGCCUCAACCUCUCCCAUUUCUCAACAUUAUCACAAGAGUCUAUCAUCAACCUGCAGAUGUCUAUGCUGCCAUCGAUAACGAAUAUGAUCUGCAAGACGCACAAGAUGGUACCAAGGCUUAUACCUCCGUCACUCGUUUGCCGCCAGUCCUGAGUGUCGCCCUCGACCGAGUCUCGUGGAAUCAAGAGGCAAGGCGCCAGGAGAAGCUCAACCAUCAUGUUGAAGUGCCUGAGACCAUUUAUAUGGAUCGAUAUGUUGAAAGCGAUGCUAUCUCAGACUUGAUGCAGCGUCGCCAACAAACAUGGGAGAUGAAACGAGAGCUUGCGACACUUGCAGCUCGGAGAAGUAUUCUAGAGGAGAAACAAGGUCAAUCCAAAGAUGUUCCCAGUGUUCUCGAGGACGCAAAGCUUGUUCUCGAAUACCUGAGCACACUCCCGGCCGAUCCGAUCUCGGAAGAGCUCAAUAUCAACCCCAAUAUCACCAGUACUCUGGGGCACCUGGCGGAACAAGCUCGGUCAGAACUCGAAGGAAUUCGCAGCCGAAUGGAUCAUCUCAACCAGCAGGUCAAAGAGGCAUUCGUCGACAUGCGCAAGCACCCUUACAGACUCCAUGCGGCAUUCUUCCACCGUGGUGGCGCGGCAGGAGGACACUACUGGGUCUAUAUUUUCGAUCACAAAAAGGAGAUGUGGCGUAAAUACAAUGACGACCGCGUCACCACCGUACUCAACCGGAACGAGAUAUUUGGCAAACCUGCGCAGGACAACUGGGGCCCGCCACCAAACCCCUACCUGCUGAUUUACAUCCGGGCCGAUCGGAUCGACGACCUGGCCGAGACGGUCAAGCGGGACAUUGUCUAUCCUCCACCGGAUGAGGCGCCACCGCCGGUACCCGCGCGUAGUCAGAUGAGUGAGGUGCCUCCAAACUGGUCAUCGCAGCAGCAGACCUCCCAGGGGGGCGAUGUAGAAAUGCUGGAGUAUGCCGAUGGCGGCAGUGGUGGUGGCAAUGCCGGUGAGCAGGCCCAGAAUAAUUCCACACCCGAAGACGAACCGUAUCCGUACGAGUCGGACAUUUCGCGGCCGCCGCCCCAGCAGGCCAAGGAGUCCUCGAAAGGGUUGUGGGAUGACAGCGAGCUGAUGCCCAACAGGACGAUUCAGUGGUGACGGUCAUGAUGAUGACGACGACGAAGCUUGUUUGAGACUCGAGCCUUUGUUGUAGCGGGAUCUACGAAACCAGCAUCCACGACCAUGCUUGGGGGACUCGGGCCGUGGCGAACGACAUCACCGGGCUAGCUACCAAUCAGCUCAGAUCAUUGUGGUAUAUAUCAAGACAACAACAUGUUUUUUGGUCAUUUGGAUCACAGGCCGGCUCUAGAGAAUGACGACAGCCUGAAAGAGUCGUCAGUUUUGGAGGAAGUGGGAAUUGGACGAGUACCGAACCCGCGGCGAGUGAGGAACUCUCCAACUUUCGAUUCUUCAAUACAUCAUUCUUGUCUUAUUUUUCAAUGGCUUGGUGAGUGGGCGGGGAUUGCUUUCAUCGUGCCCUUUCCUCGCUUCAGGCAAACCCUUUUUGAGACACAGCAGGCGGAGCAUUGCAUCGGGUUAUUAGAGUAGCUACGGUACUUUGUGGAAACUACAAACAAUCAGAUCUCACG